CGUUGACCAUGUCGGUUUGUCUGCUCACGACGACUGGCGACACCGACGAGGGCGGAUGCGUGCAGCUGACCACCGACGCCUGGCACACACGAUGGAAGCGCAUGUGCACCGGCACAGGGGACUCGUCCAGUGAAACGUGGCGGACCGCCCCCGCCUUUGAGCCUGCCGACCUCAUCCCGACUGCGCCGCCAGUGACGUGCACGGUGCUCGUCUCCCCAUGGCUCCAGCUCGACGCCAAUGACGCCGGGGUACGGCACGACACGGAGAUCGCCCUUCGGCAAGAGCUCGCACACUGCACGUUUCUCAACCUCACCUCUGCCAUCCUCCCUGUGCCACACCUGGCGCACACCCCGUCAUACGCCCGCGCGACCUAUGCCGCCCUAUCCUCCUCGCCCCUCCUCCGCCUCGCCGUCCGCCUCCCGAUCUACGUUUCCUCGGCAGACUUUUGCGCCCCGUGGCAGACGUGGGACUCGAUCCGGACGUUGUGCGAGUAUCAUCCCCGGUUGAGCCUCGCGCUAGACUUGACGCCGCCUCUCCCGACGCUGCUCCCGCCCAUCACCGGGGCGUACGCCGCAGAACCCAUCUCGCAUAUCAUGAUCUCGGCGCAUUCGUUUAUAUCCAACGCAAAAGGGUAUCCGGUCCUCCCGAAAACGACGCAGUCCCUGGUACGGGGCCUGCUGACGUCGGUGCCGACGGUGUCGUUUGUCCUGUCUCAUACUGACGCCAAAUUGCAUGCAGAGGGGGGAGGAGACGCUUACAGGCAGUAUUUACAUCAUCUGAUACGGACGACGCAGGCGAGGGAAGGGAGCGUCGAGGCGUAUGCUCGAGGGUAUGGCGAUUUCUUGCAGGCGCCGUUGCAGCCAUUGCAGGACAACUUGCAGAAUGCGACAUAUGAGACGUUUGAGCAGGAUCCGGUGAAAUAUGCAAACUAUGAAGAGGCUAUUUAUCGGGCUCUGGUUGAUAGAGCAGCUAUGGAGCAUAUCGUUCUCUGUGUCUCUGGCGCCGGACGAGGUCCCCUCAUUACUCGUGCCCUUGCUGCACUUUUACGUGCCUCUGCAAAGUCGUAUACUUUGUAUGCCAUCGAAAAGAACCCGUCGGCGUAUCUUGUCCUGCAGCAAACAUUCCCACAUGUGCACCUCUUGUUUGGAGACAUGCGAUCCGUGGAGAUGCCUGAAAAGGUGGACAUUGUGAUCAGCGAGUUGCUCGGCUCGUUUGGGGACAAUGAACUCUCACCAGAGUGUUUGGAUGGUGUGGAAAGAUGGAUGAAGCCAUCGGCGAUAUCCAUACCCUCGUCGUACACGGCGCAUCUGUCGCCAUUGUCGUCGUCAAAACUGUACAACGAGGCGCGAAACACUUCUGGGACAGGAAUCGGCGGUGAGAUUCCGUACGUGGUCAUGUUCCAGGCAGUGAGGCGACUGAGCCCGACUGUGGCUGAUUGCUGGGGCUUUGAGCACCCGCGGUUUGAGGAGGAAGGGCCGAUAAAGGGAGAUACACGAAUGUCAAAGCGAUACACGCAGAGUGCGAUGAAUCCGAUGCUUCUGGUGCCGCCCAAGGAUAAUGGACAUAAUGUUCGGAGUGCAGAGAUGGUGUUUGAUAUCCCAGAGGAGGGUGUGCUGCAUGGGUUUGCAGGGUACUUUGAGGCAGUGCUGUAUGAUACAGUGGGACUGAGUAUCCACCCGGACCACAAGGAUGUGGUAAGCAAGGAUAUGCUUAGUUGGUUCCCAAUGUUUUUCCCCAUCAGAGAACCAAUGUACUUGGCUGCUCACUCUGAGCUGCAUGUGAGCAUGUGGCGACUGACGGAUGGUAAACGUGUAUGGUACGAGUGGUGUGCAGAAGGGUAUUUGAAAGGGGGAUUUGAGAAGAGCAAGGGAUGGAGACGGUCAUCGCAAGCAUCGAGCUCACCGAUGUUUCAUGCGCCGCCGAGUCCAAUGGCUGAUGCAGUGGAGACGGUUGUUCAUGGACAGGUGGAGGGAGGAGGAGGAAAGAUUAAGAUUGGGCAGACUGGGCUACAUAAUGUUGGGGGUCGAAGUAGCUGGAUUGGAUUGUAGUAUUUUUU